ACCAGCGCUGAGAGAGUGAGGAGGCUGCGUAUCGAUCCAGCUCUCAGCCAUUGCAGUGAAUUGGACUACAUACGAGAUCCAGGCAGCCUCGGUGGCCGGCGCGCGUGUGUUUGUGGCGUGUGUGAACCGGGAUCCUUGUCACGGGAAAUCAUCCAAAAUGGGCAAAGGUGAUCCUAAAAAGCCAAGAGGCAAAAUGUCCUCAUAUGCCUACUUUGUGCAAACUUGCCGAGAAGAGCACAAGAAGAAACACCCAGAUGCUUCAGUGAACUUUUCAGAGUUCUCAAAAAAAUGUUCAGAACGGUGGAAGACUAUGUCUGCUAAAGAGAAAGGAAAGUUUGAAGAUAUGGCACGAGCUGACAAAGUUCGUUAUGAAAGAGAAAUGGAAAGUUACAUACCACCUAAAGGAGAGACGAAAAAGAAAUUCAAGGACCCAAAUGCACCAAAGAGGCCUCCCUCAGCAUUUUUCUUGUUCUGCUCUGAGUAUCGUCCAAAAAUCAAAGGAGAACACCCUGGCCUCUCUAUUGGGGAUGUUGCAAAGAAACUCGGAGAGAUGUGGAAUAAUACUUCCGCAAAUGAUAAGCAACCGUUUGAAAAGAAGGCAUCCAAACUGAAGGAGAAGUAUGAAAAGGAUGUUGCUGCAUACAGAGCUAAGGGGAAGCCUGAGGUAGCCAAAAAGCUAGCUCCACCUAAGCCUGAGAAAAGCAAGAAAAAGAAGGAAGAGGAAGACGACGACGACGACGAGGAUGAUGAUGAAGAGGAUGAAGAUGAGGACGAGGAAGAGGAUGAGGAAGAAGAGGAUGAUGAUGAAUAACCCUCUUUUAGAUCAGUUCUUGUCUAUAAAAGCAUUUAACCCCCCUGUACACAACUCACUCCUUUUAAAGAGAAAAAAAUUAAACAUAAAGCUGUGUAAGAUUUGUUUUUAAAAUGUACAGUGUCUCUCUCUUUUUCUUCUUUUUUUCUUUAUUUCUCUCUCUCUCUUUUUUUUGUAUAGUUAACACACUACCGGACGUGUCUUUGGGUAGCCCUGUCCUUCAGUGGUAUCUCAGUGGCCGCUAACCUUGCCUAGUACAGUGAGGGGGUUGUAAAUUGGCAUGAAAGUUUAAAGCAGGUUCCUUGUUGGUGCACAGCACAAAUUAGUUAUACUUGCAGAUGUAGUUGGUUACUCAUUUUCAUCAGUUGUCUGCAUCAAAAAAAAUAAAUAGUUGAUCUGUUAACUUAAAUACCACUCUGUAAUUGCAAAAAAAAAAAAAAUGUAGCUGUUGACAUUCUGAUUGCUUCUAAGUAAAUACAUUUUUUUUUAAAAUUAGUAUUGUUGUCCUUUUAAUAGAUGCCCUUGUAAAGUCUUUCUUUCUGGAAAGCAUAUUCUCUCUGUUAUGCCCUUUGGGGAUCACAUAAAAAUGGCAUUUUUGUUUCUUCAUUCCUAUAAGCUGAUACAAGAGCUUUGAUCUACGCCCUAGAUAAUCAUGAUAGGGUAGGAAAUAUAUACAGGCAUAUGCAAAGCGUUGUGUGUUUUUUUCCCUUCAUAUAAGAGGCCACUUUUUUUUUUUUGAGAACCCUGUUCUUAGCCAAUCUGUAUUUGCUCAGCUUUUGCUUACAUACAAUAUUCUACUGAUUUGUGUAAAUUUACCAGUUUCUGAGGGCUGAGGAAUAUAGAAUUCAGUUCAGUAGCAUGGAAUAAUUCCAGGGGAAAAUAACUUCAAAUUUGUGUCCUUGGAGGACCACUGAGAGUAUAUUUUCAUUUUGAGCUGUGAGGGAUUUACAUAUGUGACUCCAUUGGCCAUAAUGAGAGUUGUAUUUGCAAAUACCUGAAUACAGAGGUGAGUGUACCCUACCUAAGCAGGUAAUGUCAAAUGCUAAAAUUACUGUAAUCCUUUUAGGAUACCAUGUCAAGUAAUAGUUGUGGGCUUUAUACAAUGACCUCUCCUGGUAGUAAAUGUCCCACAGGAAAAUAUUUUACUUUGCUAAUGUUUUCUAUAAGUGGUACCAUUGUUCAAUCUGUAUGAAUUCAUGCUUUCAUAACCAUAGUAGUCCUAGACUAUCCCAUUUUCAAAAUUUUAUAUUGUCUCAAAAGUCAGAUGAGAUGUAUCUUUUUCUGUUAGUCUUUUUAUAAUGCAUUCUUGAUAUUUGCCCAUUUUGUAAGUUAAAAUUAGCUGUAUAGGGAAAUUACUUUUUCCCCAUAUAGGUGUGAGAUGUAACAUGGUAUUCCAAUGACCUCUGAUUUGAUAAAAUAUAGGUUGCUUUGAAAACCAAAGUUAAAAGUUUGUGCACAUUCAGUAAAAGUGCUGGCAAUUAUUAACUCUCUUCACAUUUACCUGCGGACUAAUUUGGGAACUGAUUGGCAAUUCUGUAGUUAAAAAUUAUGGUUCUCAUGUGCCAGUGUUUAAAGAUAGCAUUCUUGUAACUUUACACACUUUUUUGAUGGAGUAUUGUUUUGUUAUACGAUUUUGACUUUUACGAUUCUUCAAUUUUGCAUUUGUUUAUGUAUAACCUCAGGAGAAUACUGAACAUCUGAUUUCCUGGUUGAUACUAAUAAAACAAUAAUUACAGAGGUUUUA